UGUAUCUUUGCUGCGAACGAGAAUAAGAGGAAUAUAGGUUCUUUUAACGAGAACCAAAUAGGUAUGAUACUCGCCUCACUGGAAUCUGUGGUAUAUGGAAAAGAGCAAAAGAAAGAGAAGGGAACCGUGUGAGUGUUACGAGAGGAGAAUUGAUACGACAAUUCGUACUUCGCUUACCCACGGUAUACUUGAAGCGAAGGGCGCCCAAGCCACAGAGAGACGGGAGACGCGUAAAGACCGCUGAUAGAGGGGAAUCGGUGUUACUGCGGGGAUUAGUGGUAUGAGAGACUGGUAUGUCGAUUGUGAGCAGCAUGCUGCUUAAGUUGUACGCGAAGGCCACGAUUGUGCGACUGUUACAACGCUGACGCGUGUAGAGCCGAGCAUUGCGGUGAUAGUAGUCUCGAAAGUGAGCAACGCUUAUACAAGAAAACGUACUCACUGAAUAUAUCCGGACAUUCGACGAACAUUGAAUGCUCCAAUAAUUUUCAUUUACGAUGACCUAUUUAACUCCGAGAUGUUAAUACGAUUUAACAUGAUGUUCUUUCAGAGUUCAUUGUAAAUUGGUACAAUUUCUUGGAAAAUACGGAUGUGAAUGACCCAAUCGUGAUGGAAACUUUGCAGAAACGACUAGCGUCCAAUUUCUUCAUCUCCAGUUAAUCAUUUGAUAAAGUUACCUGGAUCAUAAUUGCUGCUCUAUCUUUUCUGAGCUACGGUCUGCAAUGCGGAUAGAAAGUUGAGAUUAACUAACGCUGAAAAAAAAAACGGACUGUAAGUGAAUCAUAACAAGUGAUGUGAUUCUCGCUAGACGAGACUCUUUCGUAAGAUUUGCCGCUGGUAACAGGUGCACUCGGAAGAAGAAGCGCGCGAAAGAAGGCGAAUACGAGGAGGAAGCAAAAAAGUCGAAGAAGAGGAAGAGAAGGAGAACGCAGAAAUCGGUCGUCGAAAGAGUAGCGCGCGAGCAAGGUCCCCUACGGCGAUAAGGCGAGGCCCGGGUAUCGGUGGAGGGAACGUAUGUAUCGCGCGGGGCCGGUCACGCGGACCGGGCCCGCCGCCGCCGCUGCUACUCGUGAGAGAUCGCGCGCUGACCCAGAUUUCGGCAGGUCAAACCGGCGCGAAGAGGCUGCGGCGGACUUUCUGAAAUGGGACACGGCACAGCCUGGAGCUAAAUUAGCCGCGAUGUCCAAUAAGAGUAAGUCCCAGUCGCAGCAGCAGCAGCAGCAGCCGCAGCCGCAGCAUUAUCAGCAGCAACAGCAACAGCAGCAGCAGCAGCAUUCUCCGCACGUGAUCAAGCCAGUGGACCAACUGCCGCCGCGCUAUCAGCCCCCGCCGCAGCCUACCAGCGGCAUCCUGAAGAACCAUCUACACUUCACCAACGGAGGUACAUCGGCGCCAGGCUUGGCUCAGGCCGGCAGUAAUCAAGGUCCAGGCGCGACCUUGAACCAUCAUCAGACCACGCAGCCGCGCACGUUGCCGCCGCCCCCGCCGUCUUCGCAGCAUCAUCAGCAGCAGCAUCAAUCGCAGCAGCCAACUCAAUCGCAGCAGCAAUCGCAGCAGCAGCCACCAUCGAAGGAUGCGCAGAGCAAGUACUCGCCGAGGAUAGAGCAUCACCAUCAUCAUCCCCAACCGGGUAAUCCGCUGAUCGCUGCCGCAUCGGCGGCAGCGUCUAAGAGUCAACAACAGCCGCAGCCAUCUACCUACCUCCAACAGACUAAGCUCGGCCAAGGUCAAUACUUGCCACCCAGCAGUCAGUAUCCGGCGGUGAACAACGGCCAGAACGCGCCGGUCAGGCAGAGGAUCAGCGACGACGAAUUUCUGCGACUCGGCCCUGUGGAGAUGCUUAAGUUCGUGCGGAAGACCGAGAGUGACAUCGCUAGGCUCGCCGCCGAGCAGAAUCGCCAGAUACAGAACUUGCUGAAUGAGCUGCGGUUGCUGAAAGAAGCCAACCAAAGACUGAACGACGAUAACCAGGAAUUGCGCGAUCUUUGCUGCUUUUUGGACGACGAUCGUCAAAAGGGUCGCAAGCUGGCGAGAGAGUGGCAGAGGUUUGGCCGAUACACAGUGAGCGUUAUGCGACAGGAAGUCUCGGCUUACCAGAAUAAGUUACGUCAACUGGACAAUAAACAGCAGGAAUUAAUUAAAGACAAUCUGGAGCUCAAGGAGCUGUGCCUAUAUCUCGAUGAAGAACGCGGUGGUGGUCAAAGGGACGACGGCGACGGGUCGAGUUCGAGUACGAACGCCGAGGAAACUGCGCCACCGAGGCCGAGGCACACUUCCACAUUUAACGAUCAAACAAUGCAAUACGUGAGGAGCUUGGAGCAACGGGUGAAGCAAUUGGAAGAAGACAAAAGUGUUCUCCAGGCCAGAGCGCAAGGUUGGGAAGUGCUACCAUCGGGUGAAGUUUGGGAUAGUCCCGCGAGCCCGAACGACAAUACUCAUUUAGGAAGCCGACCGGAGGCCGUAGUGCGUGCUCUUCAAGUUCUCGAGGUCAGAGAACAACUGGAAAGAGAAGAAGGUCAUGAUGGUGAAAAGGCGUUAGUUAGAGAAAUGUGCAAUGUCGUCUGGCGGAAAUUGGAAGAAGGUCCGCAAGCGAGGCAUUAAUGAUUGUGCCGGGAGAACAACUAUGUGUUAAUUUUGGAGCGUUGUUAAUAUGUAACAAUAAGCUCUAACAUACACAACAUAAAGAUAGCAUUAUAGUAGAUAAUACGCCUGAUCUUUAUUGCUGCACUAAACUACACUACUUGUAAGACUUUCUCGGUUUCGCCAAACUUUAAAUAUAUAUCUAUUUCGUUUUAAGUACAACAUAAAGUGUACAUUAGUUCAGCAACAAAGAAC